UUCGUUGAUCAGAGGGGCUGAGACUGCGUAGAGUGAAACGGCAACACUUGUGUUCGUGAAACGGCGUAGAGUGAAAAACGCGGUAAACCGAAAUUAAUCCAAAAAGUGACAAACCACGUUUCUGGCGAUUUCAAGUUUGGAUGGGUGUGACCUUCACCAUGAACAAAUCGACAUAGGAAUCGGAGGAAUAUAUCAACGCUGGUGUCGAGCUCAAUAUGAGGCUGAAAACGUCGUUGAACAUGAAUGGAAUGCUGUUGUCAAGUGUGUGCUCGAUGGCAUUUUUAUUGGGCCUUAUUCACACAGUGACCGGAUUAUCCUGUUACAAAUGUGGAACGCUAGCAGACAGUGCCAGAAAUGUGCAGGACUGUGAUCCCUCCAAACGAUUCCAAGUGGAACAAUGUGGGAUCAAUGAAGCAUGCGUGGUAUUCAAGCGAUUAUACAAGAAGGGCUCAGCGAGUCUCCGAGGCUGUUAUCCUGUCAGUGAUACCUUGCCCGGUUUGAGAGGAGCUCAAAUAUUCCCCCAGCGGGAAUGUGACUUCCAGCCCAAGCGGCGCUCUCCUGUUAAGGUCUGUAUGUGUACAACGGAUCUGUGUAAUGACAUGGAGUACGACAUCCAUUCGGAUCGAGCCCGGCGUCUCUUCAAUCAAAAUCUCAUGAUUCAGCCGUCAGAGAGACAGACCUCUGGAUCAACAUCAGGUGGGUAUUUCCAGGAUCCUUUAGAAGAGGAGGAAUGGAGUGGAGAUACCGAGGACUUCUUAUCUCUGUGGGACAGUUGGGAUAAGAAUGCAGAUGAGGACGGAAAUGGGAAUGAGAUUUUGAAACGGACACCUCGACAAGCCAGUCAAGCCGGUGAAGGUUUAGAAUGUUACUCCUGUGGGAGCCUCUUCAACUUCUCUGCUCCCUCGUGUCCAACUUUCGACCCAUUGAACCGUGGCCAGCGUCAAAUUUGUCCCCCUGGUCACGGAUGUCUCCUCUACACGUGGAAGAAAUCCGACACGGAAAUAGGGUCAUUUAGAGAAUGUUUUCCUACAGUGGCGCCAUUGGGUCAGCAGCGGAUGCCGGUCAGCGUGACCAAAAAUUGUCAACUCCAAAGAACUCAAACUGACCCGUCAUCGUCCAUCCGGGCUUGCAUUUGCACUUCCAACCUUUGUAACGAUAAUCCAAACGAGGGGUCUAAGUCCACAACGGGUAAACCGAGAGGAGCAUGUUGGUGGUUGCUUACACCCAAAGCUCUAACGACUAAUCCACUUCUUCAAGCUUCUUCUGUCCACCUUCUUCACCUCCUCUGCCCUUCUCUAUCUCUAUCGCGACAAGUUAGCCAUGGUUCAACACCUCAAGAACCUACUACCUUUAAAGUGCCAGCUCGUUCCACUGCAUCACUGCAUGAACUGACUCAACGCUUCCGACGACAAAACCCUGGACCUUUUUUGACUCGACUUCCCGCUUCGCGCUUUAUUACUGAAGCCACGACAAACUCCGAAAGCCGACCAGGCGACCGGCCCCAAUCUUUAAGCAGAUUGAACGACCGUUUGAGACAGUUCCCUUUCUUCCAAAAUUCCGAUUCAUUAAAGCGCUUGCGGAAUGAGGGGAUUGAAGCUACCCCAGAAGUCAUUUGUCCCACGGUUAACGUCCUCGGAGCCACCUAUGCCCGCUGCGAUGGCGAGUACCGCAUCUCCUCCGAAUCAGUUGAAUGGGCUCCAGAUAGGCCAGUCUUCAAGCAUGUCGGCAAGGAUCGAUACAUAUUUUGGAACGCAGGCGGCUUGGGCUGGUCCAUCGGCAAACGGGAUUAUCUAACCACUGGAAGUCAUUGGCACAGGAGCGGUCUUGAUUCCGACGAGCCUUGGCAAGGCCCCUGGGAGCGAGGGGUGGUUGUUGAGUGUGUCAAGGACAAGCCCAGUUUGUCUCGAGCCGAAAACUCUCCCGCCUCUCCGACGCUCAACCCAGACAUUCUCAAUGACAGGGCUAAUCGAAGACCCGUCCAGUCCCUCCAAGGUCCAGUGGACUGCCUUUGGUCUAGUUAUGGAGCUUGGAGUUCUUGCUCCGUUUCAUGCGGCCGAGGAGUUCAGCAACGAAAACGAAUGAUUCUGCAAGAAGCUGAAAGUGGAGGACGAUCCUGUCAAGGAGAAGCCACCGAAACCCGACCGUGCCAAUCACGAGCCUGUCCAGUGGAUUGCGAAUGGUCCUCAUAUGGAGGUUGGUCUUCCUGCACGGCUUCUUGUGGAGGCGGCAUCGAAACCAGAGAACGCACCGUGCUAACCGAGGCCAGAAAUGGAGGGCGUCGUUGUAUUGGACGUAAUCGAGAAACACGGAUUUGCAACCCUCAAAGCUGUUCAAUCGACUGUCGAUGGACUGACUGGGGGAAUUGGACCACGUGUACGCAGAGCUGUGGCGAAGGGUUUCAGGUUCGAAUCCGGAAAACUGCCCAAGCUCCAGAAUUUGGGGGCACUCCUUGCCAAGGAGAGCCCACCGAGAUCCGAACUUGCAAUUUGCAAGAUUGCCCCACGACCACGAGUUCAACGACUACGAGUUCCACGACCGCUUCGAGUUCGACUACCUCGACCACCACAACGGAGAAAGUGGUGACAACUGAUCCAAGUACGGUUGAGUCUAGUUCGAUUCCAAGCACUUCCACUAGCACAAUCAGGCAGGGAUUUUCUCCACUUUUCGAACUCAUCGCGAGCACCACCAAACCUCUCAAGGAUGGGAGUUCUUCUCCUUCUACGGAUAUUUUCAAACUGUUAGCGUCGAUUGACAGACCAAUCCAGACUACACAACCGACCACUCUGACAGACAUGAUUAAUAUCACACAAAACAUGACUUUUGAACCUACUGAGAGCACUUCUUCGAGGCCCAGUACUACCACUCAAGGCCUGCAAUUACUGCAAAAUAAAAUUGAUAUUUUAUCGUCUACACUAAGAUCGACGGGAGACGACGACCUUGCGAGUGAGGCCUUCAAUGAUGGGCCUGGGGAUAACUUGAGCUCAAACUCAGUGCAAUUCCGAGAGGAAUUGCAACCCGAUAUCAUUAACGUCAUUUCUGAUGAGCUAGACGAAGAGCCACUUACCACGGUGGUUUCCUCAUCAUUCACCCCCAAACCAACAACAUCAGCGACAACGAUAACAACAACAACAACUACUACUACUACUAUUACUACUACAACCACUACUACUACUACUACUACUACUACCACGACCACAACAACAACAACAACAACCACUACUACUACAAUGACAACUAACACAACGACGGCUACAACAGUAACAACCACGGCCACAACAACGACAGCGACAACUACCUCCACGCCCACAACAACAACUACUGCCACAACGAUUGUUACCACUACAGAUGAACCAACAACAUCAACUACAACAUUCAAAGACACUACUACAUUCACCCCUGAGGACAUAACUUUCCCCGAAACACAAACAGAAGCCCCGCUCGCCGCAAGUGCUGCCAAAUCCUCAACAGCGCCGACAAUUGUAACUACCCAAGGGUCGACUGUGACCGAAGCUAUGACAAAUCCAACACUUAUGAGCACCGAUUCAACUUCAACAAUAGACACCACCAAACCCACGGGUUCCUCGACCCAAAAGCUCUCACCACCAACACUGAUCCCUUCAUCCUCUCAAAAGCCCCCGAUCUUAGAUACCACAUUGUCCUCGACAUUUGUAUCCACACGGACAACAAUGGCUCAAGGGGGUUCCAUUCCUGACAAAUCCUUUACCAACUUUCGCAUUGACGACAUACUAUUUGGCGACGAAACUCAAAAUCUGAUCCCCGAGGAACUUUUGGUCUCAAACCAAAUUUCUCAACUGGCUCAGACUGUUGAGGAAAACGGUGAAAGUCUGACUACUCGAUUAUUACUGGAACAACAACAGACUGUUUCCAUGGAUCAACAGAGCGACACAACACCAUCCGUUGAUCUUAAACAAUGUUGCGAUCGGGUUGUGGUGCGAGCCACGGGUCAAGCUAGAACGGAUCAAAGCGUGUACUUAGGCACUUACCGAUGGAUCUCCAACUACAAUGGGCAUGUGGCUUAUGAGUUGGAAGGCAGCGAACAACUCUAUAUGUAUUACUAUGCCAGUCCUGAUGACCAGUUGGAGCUGUGGGUGAUGGGACCCGAGCUAGGAGAGUUUAUUGCGGGUAUUCGGAGCGAAAACGGAUCCCCGUGUGUCCAUGAUAACAGUCUUCAGUGGCUUUAUGCCUCAAGAGCCUCUGUUUGGAAAGCCGAUGAUCGAUCUCUCACGGUCAAAUGCUUCCAAGAGGAAGACACCCAAGAUACACCAGUUUUCGGUCAACGCACCACGACUCCCUUGCCCUUGAGAAAAACUGAGAAACCAAGUUCCAGCUUUACAACCAGGCCGCCCAAGAUUGAUUGUGAGUGGUCACAAUAUGGACCGUGGAGCACGUGUUCCCGUCCCUGCAAUCGAGGAGUCCAGUCCCGAUUCCGGGUCAUCCAGACACCAGCCAAAAAUGGGGGCGUGCAAUGUCCCGGGUCGAGAGAGCAAUCUCGGAGCUGCAAUCCCCAACCUUGUCCAUUACCCCAAAGAACAUCAACCACAACCACAACCACUAGAGCGCCCACUAGGGCGUCGACGAGGGCACCCACCAGAACGCCCACAAGGACGCCCACAAGGAGACCUCAGGAGCCUUCAAAUACUGCUGUGGCCACUCAAAGACCAGCUAAUGCUAGAGUAAAGUGUUUCACCUGUGGCAGCUUGUUCUCCACUGAUUCGCCGGAUUGUGUAGCGUUCAAUAACUUGGACACCCAGCAACAGAAGACUUGCGAUGUAGGGGAGGCGUGCUUGUGGUAUUCCUACCAAAAGUCGUCCAAUGAGAUCGCCAUCAUUCGGGAGUGUUUCUCCUCCAGCGUGCUUCUCGGGGAUAUCACGGAUCCGAUUAUACCCCAACGACAAUGCGUCCCCAAGUCAGUAGAGGGAGAUUCUGUAACUGCUUGCAUUUGUACUGACGACUUCUGCAAUGGCAUGGAUGGUAGUGGACUGGGAGUGACCAGAACUACACCCAGGCCAAGUUUCAAUGACAGAACCACAAGCCGAUCCCCAUUGAUAUCUAGUACAUCUACGAGGCCAACCAGGCCUACAAGACCAACCAGGCCAACCAGGCCAACUAGGCCACCGCCAACGCGAGCUCAACGACCUACUUUGGCUCCAGUCACAAUUCCACCCCGGCCUAAGGACCCGAAUCGACGGGUCCUUUGCCAUCAAUGUGGGUCCUUGUUCAGUGGGUCCAAUAAUCCUGAUUGUACCAGUUUUGAUCCGGCCAAUGUGAAGCAGCAGGACUACUGUGCAGCCGGUGAAGCUUGUCUGUACUACACAUGGGAGAAGUCUGCCUUUGAGACGUCCGUCAUCCGAGAGUGCUUCGCCCCCACCAUCCUCUUGGGACCCAUCACAAACCCCUUAAGGGCUAGCUCUACUUGCGUUCCCCAAGACAUAUCCGAAAACCAAUCUUCUAGUAUUAUGGCUUGCGUUUGUGACACGGACCUAUGUAAUUCAGUCUCCGGGGGCAUUCAAGCAACAUCUGCGGGAUCAUUCCCAGGGAUUGACGACUCUUCUAGGGAAGAGCCGAAAACGUCCGACAAAAGUACAUUGACCUUAUCUGAUGAAGAGAUUGGAAUUUUGGGCGGAUUAACAAGCCUUCAAGAUCAGCAACAGUUUGAGCAGACACCACGACCUGCUAGGCCUGUCACAAGAAGGCCAACCACCACCACCACACGACAGCCUUUUCGGAGAGAUCCCCAAACCACCAGAAGGCCACCUCCCACCAGAAGGCCACAGCCCAGCAGAAGGCCGCAAACCACCAGGAGACCACCUGUUCAGCCCGGACCAGUCUCUAGUGUUGGAGGUGCUCUUCAGUGUUUCAGUUGUGGCAGCCUUUUUAAUCCCGACAAGAAAUGUGACAAAUUCGAUCCUACGGACCCAUCACUUAUCCAAACAUGCAAAGCCGGAGAGGCUUGUCUCAUGUACUCUUGGGAGAAAUCGACUGGAGAACGAGCUACUGCCAGAGAAUGCUUCUCAACCACGAUUCUUCUGGGCCCCAUCAGUAACCCCUUAUUACCCACCCAAUCCUGCGCUGUCCGCGACAUCUCCGAACCAGGUCAAUCCGGAAUCCAAGCAUGUCUCUGUACGACCAACUUGUGUAACAGCAAGGAUGGAGGUCGAGGUGCCCCAUCAGCGGCAAUCCAGGAAAUUCCACCCAGUCCAAUAGAGACCAUAAGGAACGACCCAGUGAGGACACGCCCAACGCCACGUCCGAGACCACGUCCGGCGCCACCUUCAAAUUUUUCUCCAAGACCAAACCCAAACGUUCAGACCAUUCCUAUUCCUGAGCCGCAAGUGGGUCGACCGCCAAGCUUCGACGAUCCUUUUGCCCAAAGCUCCCCCUGUCCUGAAAGUUUCCAAAGAUUGGCCACCGGUUGCUACUUCUUCUCCCGCACGAGGAUGGGUUGGAUCGAGGCCAAAAAAGAGUGCGAAUUCAUGAGCCCCAGGGCCUCUUUGAUUGCAUUGGAAACUCCCGGAGAGCGGGACGCUCUGAUGGCGGAAAUCGCCACUUUUGGCCGCUCUCGGUACGAGUUCUGGACAGCUGGCAACGACAUUGAUCGCGAGGAUGAAUGGGUGUGGUCCGGAACUCGAGGACGGAAGGUGCCCGAAUUCGGGUGGAUUGACCCGCCCAUGACAUCUGCCGAAGAGAAUUGUCUCACGUGGAGUUUGACGAGCUCUCGCCGCAAUGGACGAAUGAAUGAAGGCUGGCAUUCGGAUUCAUGUUGCAACAACAUCAGAUUCAUCUGCGAGGCGUGAAGUGUCCUCGCCAUUUGCGUCAAAGGUUGUGCCUGGAAUCCUUGUCCACAACAGUGUUCGUGAACAUGCUCAACUCCAUGUGAUACUCUCCGUUUGAAGGCCGCCCAAUGUGAGUGGCCUUGAACUUUGCAAAUCAUCACCAGAGGGGAUGACAAAUCCAUCCUUAGGAUCGGACCAUAUGUACACCCCCUACCCCACCCCCUUGCCCAAGAUGAAACAAUCCUAAUCAAAUUCCCUUCGUAAACUCGUGCAUGGGUUAUGCCCGAUUUUGUGCCUAACCCGAUUCUUGCAAUUAACGGAUACACAAAGGCAUUAACCGCUCCGUUGCCCCGAUUUUGAUGCUCCUCUACGUGCCAAUCAUGCCUAGAAAUCUCUGUGUUUUAUUGUUGUGUGUCAAUUUGUGUUAAAUAUUCUAUGACAAAAAAUGAAUAUAUCCCAUUCCAAA